UCCAAACAAAGCACACCGAACAUCGUACGCAUCAGCCUACAAAGAUUAACUUGUCAAUUCGUUUAGUGUGAUGGCGUUGGUAUAUGUGCUAUACGCUCUUAUGACCAUUCAAGGCAUUCUUUUGGCCCUGUAUUUCACGGGAAAAGGAUAUGUGAUAGGCAUGAUUUGGGAAAUAGCGUGCGUUAUACUACGAGUUUGGCUCUAUGUGUUCGAGUCGGCGAUGAAAUGGAUUUUCCCCCCACAGAGAAAAAACAUUCGCGGAGAAAUUGCUUUGGUGACGGGAGCAGCGAGCGGAAUUGGCAGACUAAUUGCUCUUGGAUUGGCAGCCAAAGGUUGCAAAUUGGUGAUAUGGGAUGUCAAUGGUGAUGGACUUGAGGUUGUUGCCAAGGAAAUAGAAGCGGCUGAUGGUGUGGUGCACUCUUACAAAUGUAACCUGCGAGAUAGGAAGGAAAUUUCCAAGACAGCAGAGAAAGUGAAGGAGGAAAUGGGUGAAGUUUCCCUUCUCAUUAAUAACGCUGGUAUCGUAACAGGAAAGAAGUUCAUGGAUUGUUGUGAUGAAGAAAUCUCAGCCACUAUCGAUGUAAACACUAUUAAGGAGUUCCUUCCAAGCAUGUUUCAACAAAACCGAGGCCACAUAGUAAGCAUAGCAUCUAUUGCUGGUUAUACUGGUCUUGCUGGUGCUGUUGACUACUGUUCAUCCAAGUUUGCAGCUGUUGGUCUGAUGGAGGCAUUACGUCAAGAAUUGUUAAGCCAGAAAAAGAAUGGUAUUCAACUGACAACAGUAUGUCCUUCACUUAUAACCACUGGAAUGUUUGAUGGAGUUAGGUUCAGGUUUCCUAACUUGGUAGGCUUUGGUACUCUUACUCCACAAUAUGCCGCAUCCAAGGUCAUUGAUGCUAUUGAAAAGAACCAAAUUCACCUCACUAUGCCUCGAGGUGCUUAUUUAUCAACAGCCCUACAACAUAUCCUACCAGAGAGAGCUACAGACCUGCUGUUGGCCUUCCUUGGAGCAGAUGUGGCAAUGAACACUUUCACAGGGUGGCAAAAAAAUGACAUCAAUGAUGAAAUGCGAAGUUAGAGCAACCUUUCAGAAAUAUAUUUUAGCAAAUCUAUUAUUGCAGUCUAUUUGUUCAACAGAAGGGUGGUUAAGACCUUGUUUGCACUAAGAGGGGUAACCUAGGAUGGCCAAACAAAAAGACAGCCCUCCUUGCUUGUGAAGGGCUGGUUUAGGGUACCCUUACCCCACACAGAAUAGUGUUGGCAAAUGAUCUUGCUUAAAUUGGAACAAUCAUUCUCUAAAUUAUUUGUCAAAUCAAAUUUGCUGUAAAGAACUACGUGGAACUAAACUUGUUACUUUGUUUCUAUGUAUACUAAAGAUGAAUGAUGUCAAUUUACUAUCAAAGUGAUAACAUUAAAAUGAAUCUCAAAUUACUAACAGUGUGAAAAGAGAUAUCAGUACAUGUGUAAUGAUAUAAAUGAUGUAUCAAUAUAGUGUCUGUGCAAUAA